UAUAUAAUGAUGGUCCACCCAAAGCUCCCUCUCAAUUGUUCACCCAAACCAACCAUUGCACGUUCUCAUGCUGGACACCAGCCCAUUUCCAGCUAUAUCCUGGGCCCCACCUUCCUCUCUUCACAACCCUUUCCCAUUCCUUCCACCAACCACAACUCGCUACGUCAUACAAUCAUCCACGCGUCACCACGUCAUUCAUCCUUUCACACAUUUCGCUGUUCAAGCAAAUCACAGCUGAUCACCUCAACGCCGACAUCUCGAGAGAAGUCGAGUUCUUAUUAUUCUCUCCCUCUCUCACUGCAACAACAACAAAAACAACGACGACGACGACGACGACGGAGGAUUCCCAAGCUUCAUUCCUCUCAAACUCUUCUCUCUCUGUAUUUCUCUAGAGGGAGGAAGGAAGGAAGGAGAUGGAUCCGUGUCCCUUUGUGCGCCUCAUCGUUGAAUCAUUGGCGUUGAAGCUCCCUCCGGUGUCGAAGCCAGCAGGUCCCGGUGUGCACCCUUCCACGAACCCAUGCUACUGUACCAUAACCUUCCCAGAAUGCCCCUCAUCUUCCCGGUAUGCCCCUCUACCGCUGGCAUCCGACGAGAGUUCUCUAGACGCCGGGCACUCGUCUAAAGUGGUAUUUAGUUUGGACCCAGCUGCUGUGCAGAGGCUGGAAGGGAAGCCAGCGUCGUCGGCGCUAACUGUGGCGGUGCACGUGGGGAAGAGGGGGAGCACGUGCGGGAUGGGUGGUGGGAGAGUGUUGGGAAAGGUGAGGGUGGAGGUGGAGUUGGGGAUGGCGGUGGUGAGGAGAGGGUGGGUUCCGGUGGGGACUUCCGGGGCAUUGCUCCACGUCAUCGUUAGGACUGAGCCAGACCCGCGCUUUGUGUUCCAGUUCGGUGGUGACCCGGAGUGUAGCCCCGUCGUUUUUCAGGUUCAACGUGGCGGUAAUCCCGCCGUCCGCCAACCCGUUUUCAGUUGCCGCUUCUCCAAUGAUCGCCAGUGGAACACUACUAGAUCCAGAUCACUGCCAAAUGAAGGAACAUCAAGUGGAGGGAGUGUGAGAGCGUGGUUUAGUUCGCUGGGAUCGUUUAGAGGAGACAAAGAGCAGCAGAGAAAGGAGCAGAGAAAGGGAUGGAUGGUGACCAUACAUGACCUUUCAGGGUCGCCGGUGGCGGCGGCGUCGAUGGUGACACCGUUUGUGCCGUCGCCGGGGUCUGACCGUGUCUCGCGGUCAAACCCUGGGGCGUGGCUUAUUCUCCAGCCGGACACUGGCUUCUCGGCUACUACUUGGAAGCCAUGGGCCCGGCUUGAGGCAUGGCGUGAGCGUGGCCCGGUUGACGCUUUAGGAUUUAAGAUCGAGCUCAUCACUGACACUGGAGCCAUUACCGUGGCUGAGUCAUCGCUUAGUGUUCGGAAAGGUGGCCAGCUUUGCAUUGACUCGAGCUUGAGCUUGAGCUUGAGCUUGAAUGGAGAUGGUGGGACGUGGGCGUGGCCGUUUCAUGAAGGUUUCGUUAUGGCUUCAAGUGUGGAAGGAGAGAGGAAGGUGGUGAGCCAGCCAAUGGUGCAAGUCGGCGCAAGGAACGUGAACUGCAUGGCUGACGUGGCACUCUUCAUCGUACUCGCUGCUGCCGUUGAUCUUAGCAUGGACGCUUGUCAGUUGUUCUCGCACAAACUUAGGAGUGAGCUUUGCCAAAUUCAUUCUUGAUUCUUCUCAUUUUGGUAUUUAUUUUUUUUAAAU